AUGUCGGACGUGCUUCUGAACUUCAUCGCCGGCGGAGUCGGUGGCUCGUGCACCGUCAUCGUCGGGCAUCCGUUCGACACCGUCAAGGUCCGUAUCCAAACGAUGGCCCUCCCGAAGCCCGGGGAGAAGCCUCAGUUCACUGGAGCCCUCGACUGUGCCAAACGUACCGUAGCCAAGGAGGGAUUCUUCGCCCUCUACAAGGGCAUGGCUGCUCCGCUCGUCGGAGUCUCUCCGCUUUUCGCCGUCUUCUUCGGAGGAUGCGCUGUCGGAAAAUGGCUUCAACAGACUGAUCCAAGUACGUUUUGUUUCGAUACGAUCCCGAAUAAAUCUGCUUCUGUUCAGACCAGGAGAUGACGUUCAUUCAAAAUGCGAAUGCGGGCGCUCUAGCCGGAGUGUUCACCACCAUUGUGAUGGUUCCAGGAGAGAGGAUCAAGUGUCUUCUGCAGGUCCAACAGGCCGGCUCCGCGCCGUCCGGAGUUCACUACGACGGACCGCUCGAUGUUGUAAAGAAGCUGUACAAGCAGGGAGGAAUCGCGUCGAUCUACAGAGGAACGGGAGCCACGUUGCUCAGAGACAUUCCGGCGUCGGCCGCCUAUCUGUCCGUGUACGAGUAUCUGAAGAAGAAGUUCUCCGGAGAAGGAGCACAAAGGACACUGUCCCCGGGAGCCACUCUGCUGGCCGGAGGACUCGCCGGAAUCGCCAACUGGGGAGUGUGCAUCCCGGCCGACGUGCUCAAAUCGCGUCUGCAAACCGCUCCGGAAGGAAAGUAUCCGGACGGAAUCCGCGGAGUUUUGAGGGAGGUGCUCCGGGAGGAAGGACCGAAAGCUCUUUUCAAGGUAGGAAAGUGUGACAGAGAUAUAUGAAAUUAUAAUAUGAAAUGGUUUUCAGGGUUUCUGGCCAGUGAUGCUCCGUGCUUUCCCAGCCAACGCCGCCUGCUUCUUCGGACUCGAGCUCACCCUGGCGGGCUUCCGUUUCUUCGGAAUCGGCGGACAUCCGACGCCAUCGGCCGAAGUCGUUCCUCUUCCGCACGACGAGUAA